AAAGACUUCUUUCCUUCUUUUUUUUUUCAUUCACAUGGUCGAAUGCCAGCUGUUUUCUCCUCUUUUCUCCGUUCCCAUUUAUUAUCUCUGGAAGCUCACCAUUUCUGGCUUAUCUCGUAAUUUCCCGGCGAGUCUAACCGGCGUACUGGGCAAUUAGAUGUCUUCUUACUGGUGUUACCGGUGUACGAGGUUCGUCAGGGUCUUUGCCGACAACAGCGCGGUGUGUCCUUACUGCGACAGUGGAUUCAUCGAAGCCGUGGAGUCUGCGCCCGCGUCGCCGGAAUCCACCCCGCGACUCCCGACGUGGACCGACAGAUCCGAAGACGAUCGGAUUUCAAGCGGAGGUCCAGGAAGGAGCCGGCGGAAUAGGGGAGACAGGUAUCUGUUUAAUCCGGUUAUAGUUCUGCGGAAUCCGUCUGAAUCUGGACAAGACGAGGGCGAAGAUGGGGUAGAACGAAGCUACGAGCUCUUCUACGAUGACGGCGAAGGGUCGGGUCUCAGGCCUCUGCCGCCGACCAUGUCGGAGUUCUUAAUGGGCUCGGGCUUUGACCGUCUGCUAGAUCAACUGGCGCAGAUCGAGGUUAACGGUUUCGGCCGGCCGGAGAAUCCUCCGGCGUCCAAAUCGGCAAUUGAAUCGAUGCCGACCAUCCAGAUCGCACCCGCCCACAUAAACUCAGAUUCGCACUGCGCCGUUUGCAAAGACGCCUUCGUUCUCGCAUCCGAAGCUCGCGAGAUGCCCUGCAAACACAUAUACCAUCCAGAUUGCAUCCUCCCAUGGCUGUCAAUGCGCAAUUCUUGCCCCGUCUGCCGCCACGAGCUGCCCACCGACUCCACCGCCGACGAUCCCGCAUCCGAACAAGUCAACCACUCCCGAAGCGACGAAGAAGCAGUAGGCUUGACGAUCUGGAGGUUGCCGGGCGGGGGUUUCGCGGUGGGGAGAUUUUCCGGUGGGAGAAGGGGAGGGGAGAGAGAUCUUCCGGUAGUAUAUACCGAAAUGGACGGUGGAUUUAACAAUGGCGUCCCCAGAAGAAUUGCGUGGCGGUCGAGGAGACGAAACAGAAGAAGGGAUAAUCCCAAUGGAAUAGCUCGAGUUUUCAACAACUUCAUCUCUAUUUUCCGGAGAUCCAGAUCAACUUCCCAGUCAAUUUCCAUGAACACAACCAGUUCCCAGUCAUCCAUUUCGGAAUCAUCAUCGAUUUCUCGGAGCCGCAGCGUUUCGUCCACAUCAGUCUUCAGCAGGUACCUGAUGAGGAGGAACAGCAGGAGUCUGAUUCAGGAAGAAGAUCAAAAUGGAAUUUCCAGAUGGUAAUACAAAAUUUUCUGCACUAGAAGCAAGAAGAAAAAAAGGUAAAGUCACUAAAAACUUUGGCAUUGCAUUAAAGGAUGAGCCUUUGAAAAAGAAAAGAUCAGAAGACUCUCUCUCUGCUGCCUUGCAGGCCACAUCUUCUUCCCUCACGCUCCAGAACAGUGGUUUUCUUUCUUACCCCCUUUUUCUACUUCUUUCUCUGUGUCCAAUCCUUUUUUGCUUGCAACAUCAAUGUCCAACCCUCUCAGAAAUGUGGUCCCCUCCCGCCAUCUCGAGGAACGCAAAAUCAAGGGUGAUGAUUUUGCGGCCCUCCCCUGUUAAAGGACUACCGUCACGCUACGAAUGACAUCAAGGGUAAAACCGUCAUUGUCUCGUAAAGAACGAGCGUCUCGCAGACAAUAACAGACAAUGCCAUCGCAUAGGACCGAUCUUCAGUUUACAUUCGAAACUGCUCAAUCAAUGCCUAGUGGUUCACUAAUCUUUGCUGCUUCCCGAAAUCCCUGCUACAAAAGCUUUGUGGACGUCUAAUCUUUUCCCCUUUUUUUCUAGAUGAAGUCCAAAGAAUAUAAUUCUAGUUAAAGG